AUUCGGAGAAACGUCAGGUUGAAGAAGCCAGUUUGUUUCCUGUGUAGAUUUUGUCGCAAGUGUUUCGAUUUUCGCCCCCUACGAAAAAUCUCAACUCAAAUUUGCAUUGUGAAGUAGAGGAAAUUUGCUAGUGAGAAGCUGCGUCUCGCACGAAUUCCUGGUCAUGAAAAAAAACAGCAUAACUGCGUGUGUGUAUGUGUGCGUGUGCAAUUGACGCUGCUCCGUGUGCUGCUCUGAGAGAUCCGGUGUGUCCGGUGAAAAUUCGUUGUGAACAGUGUUGCCUCUCCGUCAUCAACGGGGAAGCAAAUUAGUCCACUACACUAAAGUUUGAUAAAAGUUUUAUGCAUUUAAGUGUUGAACAGUGUUGCAGUGUUACGAGUGUGUAUGUGAAUGUUUUUCUGUGUGUGUGUGUGAAUAAUAAAUGGUGAGAUAAAAUUUGGCACAGGCCAACAGUGGGCAGUUGAAUAUACAUAUAUGCAUCCUCAUUUGGCCACGUCGUGCAACUUCGGUCCCUUCUUGACGGUGGCGAAGUAAAUGGAACGGCGGUUCACACUGGGCGCGGUGGCGGUGUGUUGUUAUUAAUUCAUUCGGCUACUACCCCCACUACUUUGCGGACGAAGAGUAGACGGCCAGGCAGCACGGGCCAAAACGUCAGCGGUCAGUACCGCGAGAAAGUGAGACAGCGUGGCGAUCUACUCUUCUGUCCCCGCGGUUGGAAUAUGGAUAGAAGUGUAGAUUCCAUCGGUAGUUGCUCGCUUGAUGUAGAUGCUGAUUCGACCGACUUCUCAGAUACCUCCGGAGAGCUAAACUUUCUAACACCCAUAUCCGGCAAGGACAUUACGCGUGAAUUCACGGCCGGCAUCAAGGAGCGUUGUAUGCUACCGGUAAUUAACUGCCAGGCUGUCACGAGCGUACUAGAUCCGGUAACCGGUCACAUCAGUACCGUUCUUACGACGACCACAGCCGCCAAUUCGCAGCAGCAGCAGCAGCCCCUGCUAGGCGGUGGAGACAGUUCCCCUACAGCAGCAACGAACAAGAAACCGAGCUAUCUGAAUCUGGCCUGCUGCGUCAAUGGGUACUCGAACCUGACGACGUACGAUUCGAAACUCCGCCAGGACAUUAACAAGUCGCGCGAAGUUUCCCCAAGCCGUCCUAUCAUUGCCACGCUGCACUACAACCGAACCGAUUCCGGUACCGGUGGGCAUCUGCUGACGGCGCCCACGCUGAGCUACGUUAGCAUGAACAACACCAUCAACAACAACAACAAUUACAGCGGAAGUGCGACAGGGAUUGGCGGUGGUGGUAAUCGAAUGCUCAAAAUGAACGGAGCGGGUGUAGUGAACGGUGGUGGUGUGGGAAGAAUGCGAGGAAUCAAUGGAUCCGUGAUGUCACCGCCCGGCGGCGGCGCAGGUACCGAUAUGACCGAUAAUGCAGCAUCGCUCGGAAUGUUUAACGGAAAUGGCAGUUUUGUCGGCAGCAUGAGAUCGAAGGUGAUUUCCUCGCAGUCACAGAUCAGCAGCCACGCGCGGGACGAUGUUCAAGCGCAGCUGAUGACACCGAAGAAGAGUUUUAUCCAGCAGCGGGUCGAGAAGCUGUACGGUGCGAGUGAUGUGGUGGUGCUAAACAAACAGAACUACAGCAGCAGCGAACGCAAGUACCUCAACAAUAUUGCGAACGAAAAUAACGGUGGUACGCCGGUGAAGAUGAUGGUGCCUCAUCAUGGUAUGGCCGGACAGCAUCCGGCAUCGAUCGGGACUGGAGCAGCCCGAAAUGGUGUGACCAAUGGAACGGAUAGUCUGCGGCACGUGCCAAACGGUACGCAUGGUGCUGCUACGUUCGGUUCGGUGGACGAAAACAACAAACACAUCAAUGGUGGCGCCGGUGAGGAUGCGGAUGUGGACUCGUUACCAGUGUUGCGGCACCUGCGGCCCGAGUUUCGUGCACAGUUGCAAAUUUUUUCACCGAAAAAAGUACCGAAAUCAUCACCAAAUCGCACGCUCAACAGCAACGGCAAUGUGACGCAUGCGAAUGGAAACACUGCGGAAGAGCAUGCCAAUCUGCCAAACCCGGUGUCGAAGCGCUACACCUCGAAUGGCAACAGCUACACCGAUCACAUCGAGCAGCUAAGUCUUUCGCGGGAGGAAGAUCACCGUCACCACAAGAAUCGAAACGGUACGGAUGGUACGACGACGACGCAUCGAUCGACGAUGGUGAUGAAGAGUGCUCAACUUUCUUCGCAUACAACACGCACCACCACUACCACCAACGGCACGCUGUCGAGCAACAAUGGACGGCUUGCUGAGCAGGAAGAUACUGCGCUAAACAGCAGCAGCCGUCACCAUAGUAACGCUAGUACACGUUCCGCGGAUCCACCGCAAACCGACGACGCAAUGGUGGAGCAGCAUCAUCGUCACGAAGCAGCGUCACAGUGCCCCCACAGUUCUACCGGCAGUGCGUCGUCGUCCGUAUCGUCAUCGACGGUGAUAGUGGAGGAAAAGAUGCGCUCGCUGGUAGUGGUGUCGUCGACUAGCGCUGACGAUUGCGGUGUUGGUCGAAUGUCGACUUCCGACGGCAGUAGCGCCGCCACCACCACCACCACCGUACCUGACGAGCAAAACGCGUUGACAGCAGUCGCGACGAGUGUGAUCGAAAGCGGUAAGCAGCAGAACGACAGUGUCCAACCAAGCAGCCACAGCACCACCAAUAACAACGUUAGCAACGGGCUUGUGAACGUACCUGCGGCUUGUGCAAAGGACCACGAGCUUUGUGCUCUUGACAAAUCGGGCAGUGGAGAAAUUGUAAAUUGUGAUAGUAGUAACGGCGAGCAGCUGGCCGUGACCGCGGAUAGUAUGCGCACCUCGAACGGUGGUGGCGGCGGCGACAGUACGAUGGUGACGAUGGCUGGCGUAGAACAUCCAGAUGCGAACCACCAUUCAAGUAAUAGGCCAGCGCCAACAUCCUCCCUAACCGAACCAUCCACGAAUGGCACCAACAGCAGCAAUAAUAAUAAUAAUAAUGUGCUCGAUGGCAACCAUUUCCUGCGGAUUCUAAAAACCGAACAGAAGCGGCUGGGAACAAUGGCUGACGAGGUGGAGAAGGAAAUCAAUCAGCUGAAGGCUGACGGUACUGUGGUGCUCGGAGAGGACAUAAACGGAUACAUUCUGGUUGCCGUUGGCAAGGCGCGUCUGCUAUGCUCGCAGAAAAUGAAACAAUUUGAAGACUUAUGUUACACGAACCUAAACCAAUCGCCGGACGAAAAAUUCCAAACGACGGGCGAAGAUUUAAGAGGAUUCUGGGACAUGGUGAUGCUGCAGGUAAACAACGUUGACGCCAGCUUUGCCGAAAUUGAUUCGUUCCGGGAAAACGGUUGGCGGAAACCGAUUCCAAAGAGUCCACCACCGCCCGCCCGCAAUGGCACGGCUGGCCCCCGUACCAAGCUGGUGAAGCGUCCGUACAAAACGCAGACAACCGCAUCGAACGGUGGUUCCACCGUGACAGUGGACGGCGGCAGCAACGGUGUCGAAGCAAAGAAGGCGUCCGCCGCGUUGGCGGCCGCCAAACGGGAAGCGCAACGGAAGCAGCUGAUGGAAAUGAAGCGCAAGCAGAAGCUGGCCAACAGCCAACAGCAGCCGGCGGCGGUAGAAAUCUUUGCCCCAGCGAAUGAGGAACAACCAGCGCGAAACGGUGAUGACAGCAGCACCGUCGGGUCGGUGCUGGUCGAUACGAGUUGAUCCCGUGCCGCUGUACCACUGCUGUAAGCCUUUUUUUCCCGCAUCACUCAAUCUUAUGUCUGAGAAAGGGCCAUUCAGAGGGAAAUAGAAAAAUAGGGCGCAGACAGGAAACCCCCACAAAAAAAGAAGAAGUGACCGGAAAUCCGGUAUCCGGUGAGCAAAACUUUCCAGCUGGACACAGACAAGUUUAUUUGUACAUUUAAUCCACACAGGACUGAAUUGUUGUUUGACAAUUUCGUUAAGUUUCACGCCGUGCCGUUCCAUGGAAGUUGGCCACUAAGAAAAACGACAAAAAUCUGUCCCAUCACCAUCAUCAUCACCAUAUUGAUUUGGCUAGCACGGGGCUGGUUCUCGUAUGUCACUAGUAUGAAAAAAGAAAAUUCCUUCCCCGACGUGCGAACACACAGGUUAAUUCUGCAACCACCAACACAAUAACCUUAACCCUUAACCACUACUGCGCACUGAAGAAGGAACACGACUAUGGCGAACGCGGUACACCGUACACAAAUUGUGAUUGUUUUAUACCUUUUUUAUGGUCGAAUAAUUCUAUUACUACUCUUGUUAUUUGUAAGCACUAUUUUUUAAAUGUAAAAUGACACGAAUUGAUUUAAAGAAAAAAAAACAAUGUUCGAACGAACCACACCCGCACUCAGACUGCUAGAAACGCUUGUGCGAAUUAUUAACGCCAGUUCGCGCUAAUCGGCGGGACUGUUGAAGGCGUGCAAGAUUAGUGGAGGUGAGGUGCGCUCGGUGGAAAACCAAGGGACAACUCAUUGUUUUUACUCUACGGCUAAGGAAGGCAAACCAACACUCUCACGCAAAGACAAGUAGCUGUAGCUGCUGUAGAAGGAUUAGGUGGAUGUGUUGCCUGCUGCGCCCUGCCUGGUACGCCUUGUACGCACGCACGUGUUAACUAUUAUUUUUAAUAGCGAUCUUUUCUAUAUUAACAAAACAUCAAAUUAUAUUACACACUGUACACAUGGGAGGAAACAAACAAAACAAGCAAAUCGAAAUGUAAGAUGCUGAGAUGAAUCUCUCUAUUUAUUAACCAAACGAUAAUCGACGAUAACCAUUUAUCUAUUGCUAACUACUAUUAUUAUUAUUACUAGCACUACGAUCGCUACUAUUCAGGCGUGUGUCUGUUGCUUGCUGCUUGUUACAAUCGGUGGAUUAGAACUAUCUUGCUAGCAAGAACUUACGUUUCGCACCUGCAUCGAUGACUGUGCUGAAUGUGCAGAAGAUCUGAACGAAGGGUUUUACUUUUUAAACGCUUUCACACGCUCGUUGGGCCGAAUCAGCCUGAUCAGUUGGCAGUUGGUUAGAUGUGUAGCUUAAAGAUUAUUCUUUCGCACGAGCUUAAAACAUGCCUUUCGUUUGCGCCGCCGCGUACCAAGACGCUGCAGUACCAUCGUUCAAUGAGAUUGUUGCUUACCUAUUGCUUUUAGCGCAUGCAGACGUUUACGUUUCAACACACAGUUGCGCUUCCUCGCUUAUACUUUUAUACAUGAAAAGCAUAAUUACACUUUGAAAUGCAAAUCGUGAUGAUAGCCAGGCCCCAAGUCCCGGGUGGUGGUAAACACGAGACCCCUUCCCACAAAAGCAUGUAGGACACAAAUUGGGCGAAGCGAUUUGUGUGCGAGCGAAAUACAAACAGGAAGAGAAUAAAACAAACAGCGUUAGCAAAAAUUUAUCCACUGAGCGAGUGCCUUAUCGAUAUUGUGCUUGAAGAGUGAAGGGAAUCCCCGACUGGGGAGAGGUUCGAUUGAUGCGCGCGUAUGAGUACAAAAAAAUGAAUAAAAAAGUAUGUUUUUCGUCCGUUUCUAAUUUAAAACAUUAAAAUUUGAAUUUUUUAAUUUAAAUUUGCAUUUUAUUUUCUUUAUCGAAAGAUCAGUUCAUGGCAUUAAUAUCCAUUCGAUAUGUGCUGGUUGGUCAGUCUGUGGACUAUUUCAUCCAGUAAAGUGAUGUACAACGCACCCAAUCGCUCCAUGGCGUUAGUAAAAACAAAAACGAGAAUAAAACUUACAUAGCGCAAAUGUACCGCCGCAUAGCAAGCAAACAAAAUCGAUUUUGAACAUUUUUUUUCUCUCUCAAAGCGACGGACGGAGUAGAGGAAAAGAAGAAGCAACACAAAAGUCAUUACUUUUAUACUUAUACAAAUACACAGCUAUAUAGAUAUUAUGUAUCAUCCCUAGUGUUUGUGGACCGGUUGUGGGGAAUUUAUGUUGUAAACUUAUUGCAAACAAAAAAAAAAAUAGGCCAACAGGGGACGGAGAGGGAGGAGGGAGGCUUGUUGGUGAUGAACAACGAGAGGAACACAAUUAUUAUAAUUCUACAGAAGAAGAGAACGAACCACCACCCAGAAGUAGCAAGAUAUGUAGGUGGCGUAGCGAAAUCGCUUAUCGGCGUUUAUUUUUCGAUUUGAGAAGUUUUUUGCACAUUUUACAGCAUUUGCUGAAUUUCGGAUAGUAGUCAAAACGUGUAAGGCAAAUCGUGUAUAAGCAAAAGCAAAAAUGGUAGGAUAAUAUGAAUUGGCAACGGGAGACACGAAUGCUGUAUCGAGAGCAGCAGCAUUAAUAAGAGCACUUGAGAGCAGUGAACACACACAAUACCACCAACAUUAAACGCAUAUUAAAUCAACAAAAACAAAUAAACACUCAAGUACACACGUUUUUAAUGUAAUAAAACACACACUCUUGUCACCUGCGUUUGGAGACGCGUGGGUAGGUGUCUAGCAGUGGAGGCUGGCAGGAUAGUAAAAGCUGCAGCUUGCUAGAGCUGUGCUUUAGACAGAGAUGGUGCUCAACGCGCGUAGUAGUGUAACGCGGCCAACGAACGCAAAUCUAUUUAAACUGACGGUUAUAUAAACGGUUCCUUCUUGCUUGUGUGUAGAUGUGUCUGGGCGAAACCUUACGGCACGCGUCCGAAUAACGAAUCGAAUUGAUUUGAAAUAAAUCGUACACCGAAA